AUGCUGACUGGCCUCAAAAAGAUGAGCCUGCGGAUCCUUCAGGAUUUCAGUGGCAGCAACGGCUCCUUGGAGAAGAGCUCCCAGCCACAAGGAGCAGGACUGCAUGCAAAGGCUGGAGAGAUUGGCGCUCGGCGCCAGCACGGAGAGGGAAAUGCAGGGCAGACCAAGGGAUCAAAGCUGGCGGCACUCUUUGAGCAUCCUCUUUACAACAUACCAAUCCCAGAGGUGACAGAAAAAGACAAGCUGUUUGUCGUCAACCCCGCGGAGAAGUUCAGCCUGCACAGCAGUGGGAGUGACGAAUGGGUCAGCAGCAGUAAAGCCGAGACGCUCCUCCCGACAGGGAAGACAGCCUAUGACACCUACCCCACCUGGCUCAAAUUCCACGUUGGCAUCAACCGCUAUGAGCUGUACCCCCGCCAGGACCCCCUGUUGCCCACACUUCUGUGGGACUUGGCCACACAGAGGAUCAUCAGCUCAGUCCAGAAGUCUGGCGGGACCCAGCUCAAGCUCAUCAUGACGUUCCCGAAUUAUGGGCAAGCCCUCUUCAAGCCCAUGAAGCAGACCCGGGACCAGGAGACCCCCAGUGAUUUCUUCUACUUCUCGGACUUUGAGCGGCACAAUGCAGAGAUCGCAGCCUUCCACCUGGACAGGAUCCUGGAUUUCCGGCGAAUCCCUCCAGUUUCUGGACGUUUGGUCAAUAUAACGAAGGAGAUUCGUGACAUCACCACAGACAAGAAAUUGGUCAAGACUUUCUUUAUCUCCCCAGCGGGUAAUGUCUGCUUCUACGGAGAGUGCUCCUACUACUGCUCCACCGAGCACGCCCUCUGCGGCAAGCCGGACCAGCUGGAGGGCUCCAUGGCUGCCCUGCUCCCUGACAAGACCUUGGCCAAGCGCCGCUCCUGGCGCAGCCCCUGGCGCCGCUCCUACCACAAGAGCAAGAAGGCUGAGUGGGAGCUGAACCCCAACUACUGCGCUCAGGUGCGAGAGACGCCACCCUACGACAGGGGCCAUCGCCUCCUCGACCUCAUCGACAUGACCAUCCUUGAUUUCCUCAUGGGCAACAUGGACCGGCACCACUACGAGACCUUCGAGAAAUUUGGGAACGACACUUUCCUGCUCCACCUGGACAACGGCCGUGGCUUUGGCACACACUCACGCGAUGAACCGUCCAUCCUGGCCCCGCUCCAGCAAUGCUGCAG